AUGAUCCCAUCAGAGCAGAUGGAAAUGGAAGAAGAAGAAAGCAAAGAAUUGCUCGACGAAUGCUGGGAGAUGAUCUUUGAUCGUCUCCAACAUAAAAGUGACCAAGAAUCAAUCACUUUAGUCUGCAAGAGAUUCCUAUCAAUUACCAAUUCCGUGCGAAAUAUACGGUUCUGUAACUUGAGAGGAGACCUGAAUGAAGCUGUUGUUGCAAUUGCACGGUCCGGGUUGGACUUGGAAGAGUUGUUGGCUUUGUCUGAUAUUCACAGUCAACGAGCACUUUGGUUAGAAGAGCUGGGUUCAAACAUGAAGAAUAAAGCACUCACAUUUUCAGGUGGACAGGGAGAUGCUGAUCUUGUCAGAAUAGCAGACUCGUUUCCUAAUCUUGAAGAACUUUGUAUCGAUCAUGAAGGAGUGUAUACUAUUACUGUGACUGAUGAAGGGGUGGAUUACAUGUCAUCCAAGCUCAAGAGAUUGCGCAAGAUAGACCUUUCGAACAAAGCACAUAUUUCAGAUAAGUCCCUUGUUUUGCUGUCAAAAAACUGUCAAUUACUAGAGCAUAUUAAAAUUUAUGAUUAUAGUACUGUGACAGAAGAAGGAAUUUCAUUCCUUGUUAACAAUAGCCAUCAUUUGAACUUUUUAUACAUAUGUAAAGGUGUUAAGAUUGAUUCAUUUGGAGUCAAUGGCUCUUCUAGUUUCCUACCCAACUUACGAUCUCUAAGGCUCCAACAUGUUGACAUAUCGGAUGAGUUUCUCAUUUCUUUAACAGAAGCACGGAUGUCUCUUACUGACUUGGCUCUAACAGAUUGCGAAAGCUUCACGUUUACUGGGAUCUCAAGGCUCCUACUGCACACUGCUCAAUCUCUGAAAUCUUUUGAAUUGGGGGGACUUAGGGGAGUAGAAUUCCUGACAAAUGAGCAUAUAGAGUACUUGUCGUCUUUUCUCCAAAACCUGACAUCAAUUAAGCUCUUUGAUUGUUCCAAUCUAUCUGAUUCAGCUUUUGUUAUGAUCACACAAAGAUGUUCUCAUCUAUGCCAUUUUGCGAUGACUGAUUCAAGCUUGGGAAAAGAGGAUUACAAGUAUGACGGUCUAAUGAAGAAGAACCAAUCAGUAAAGUACUUGGACCUAUCAUCUCAUGAUGAAUUUCGUGCAUCAGUUCUGAAAAGACUUCUUUACAUAUGUCCCGAAGUGGAGAAGCUCAGGCUACGCCACUGUUUUUUCCUUCGCCAUGAUAAACUGAAUGUUCCUGAUAUCCUAGAGUACAACAGGAGGCUUGUGAAACUGGAUAUAACAGGAUCCCAUCAUAUCAAGUAUUUAACUGAAAAUGACCUGGAGUUGGAGUUUUACGUGUUAGAGAAGUUGGUUGCGAAAUUUUCAGGAAUAAAUGAUAGAUUGCUUACAAAGUUAGGGAGGAUCUGCCCCAGAUUGGUUCACCUGAAUCUGCAGGAUUGCGGUAAAGUGACAGAACAAGGGGUAAAGGAAGUGCUGAUAUUGUGUAAACAACUGAGAUACUUGAGCAUAAGUUGCUGUGAAAAAGUGGAUUUCAAUAUAAUACCAUGGAUAGUGACAAGCAGACCAUCCUUGAGAAAACUGGUGUCAUCAUCUCGCAACUACCCAGACGACGAAACCCAGGAACACUUCCUGCAGCAAGGCUGUCUUGUCCUCAAGGAUUCAAACUACUACUUUACUGAAGAUGUGUUUCGGUGUAAUAUGUUAAAUUUGAACAUGUGUGUAUUAUUAUAA